AUGAAUGAAUUGCUGGCAAUUAUUGCAAUUGUCAUUCUUUGUUGUUUGAUGUUUUUCGCGUGGCUUCUUUCGAUGGCAAUUUGCCCGGAUGCAAUGGUUAAUCUCCUUUCUGGAAGAAAAGAAAGAUAUUGUCCGUCAAACGACUCGAACGAACUUAUUGCAAAAUGCGAAGAAGCGAACAUAAGUCAUGAGUUCCUUAAAAAUGUGGUAUCGGCCGAGAAAAUCGAAAAAAUUCCGCCGCUUCCGACAAGAAGAUCGAGUGAUAAGAAGUUGAGUGUAGUUCCAGAAGCAGAUGAGCAGUCAACGAUUCAAUCGACAAUCCAUUCAAUUCGUCCAACAAUUCUACGUCGUCAACCGUUUAAUCCAGGAGAAUUGGAAGAAGAGAGCGAAGGACCGUCUGAAACAGUCUAA